AAGGGGGGGAACCCCAGUUGCAUCCCCAAAGAUAUCCCAGCCGGCCUUUCUUUGCGCCGCCUUGGACGCCUCUCCAAGCCAAGCCUGCGCAAACCGCAUUUUGCGCAAAUCGUGGAGCUGCGUGGGGAGCAGAGAGAAAGGAGGCGGUUCCGUGCAAUCGCAUUAAUGGGGGGGGAGAGAGAAAGAGGGAGAUCGGAAGAGGAGGACCCGAGCGAAGGGGGCCGGCGCGCGCAUGCUCCCCACGAGCGCCUCCAUGUGUAAAGAGAGCGCGUUUGGCCAAGGGAGGGGGCCAGAGCGCAGCCGGAUUAAAGAGAGGAGGAGGAAGAGGGAUCUCGCCGGCUGGUUUGCAAGAGGGGGCUGCUGUUCCCGUUCUUCUCUUCCCCCCCCCCCCGUCCUGAAGGGGGUGGGUUGAAAACGGAGGUCUAGCCGCGGAUCCGCCUUUCGCGUCGGGAUUGCCUCCGAAGCUUCGUUUCCUGCUGUCGGGGUCCCCCACAGAAAAAUCCAUCAGAAGAACAGAGCAGACCUUCCGUUGGAACCCAUGAACGGCUGGGACAGAAGAGCCCUGCAGUGCUGGAUCGGGUCAAAGGGGGCCCAUAUCAUCCAGUAUCCUGUUCUCAUCCUGAGCAGCCAGGUACCCCCAGUGGGUGGCCCACAAGCAGGACCUGCGCACCACAUCAACUCUCUCUGCUUGAGAUUCGCAGCGACUGGCGUCCAGUGGCGAAAGAAAGUGGUAUAAUUGUCCCGCAGGCUGCUUUUUCUGUUUGUCUUCCAAGCAAGAGGUGAUUGCUGUCAAUAUGUGAUAGAAUUCUGUCACAAGGCAUCCCAUGUUGGAAAAGACACUGCCUGAAUUAUACCAGAGUACCAUAAUGACAGAAGAAGCUUGCAGGACGCGAAGUCAGAAGCGAGCCCUCGAACGGGAGAUCACCCAAAACGACGUGGACUGCAAAAAGAUGAAGCUGGACAAGGGGCUCUUGGGGUGCCCUGAGGGCAACGCGGAAGGGGGGGACCUUAAGAUAAAGACUGACCCUGUGUCUGGGAGAGUCCAGGGAUUAUUAAAAGGAGGGGAAAUGAAAGCCACGAUCAAAGUGGAGGUGCAGACGGGAGACGAGCCAGUGGACAUGAGCACCUCAAAGAGUGACGCCAAGCGAGAGAGGAGAGUCCCUUCGCCUGAUGUGAUAGUGCUAUCGGACAACGAGCCGUCGAGCCCGAGAAUGAAUGGAUUGACGAAGAUACCGUUAAAAGAGACCAGCGCAGAGGUGCUGAUGAAAAGCAGCCCAGAGGAGCGAGAGCAGAUGAUCAAGCAGCUGAAGGAAGAGCUGCGGUUAGAAGAGGCUAAACUCGUGCUGCUGAAGAAAUUACGGCAGAGUCAGAUACAGAAGGAGACGACGGCUCAGAAGCCUGUUGGCUCUUCAGGAAAUGCUGUGGCAACUCCUCCACCGCUGGUGCGGGGAACACAGAACAUUGCAUCUAGCAAGUCUGCCCUUCUUCAGAAUUCUUCUUCGCGGAUUCCCGGGACGGUUAUCCCUCCCCCGUUGAUCCGCGGCGGACAGCAGGCGUCUUCAAAGUUGGGCUCUCAGCAAAACGCGCAGAUAGUUAUGCCCCCUCUAGUCAGAGGAGCGCAGCCCAUUUCUGUGUCUCCCCAGCAAAUCCACAACAUCCGCCAGCACUCCAGCUCGGGGCCGCCUCCGUUGCUCUUGGCCCCGCGGGCGUCUGUCCCAAGCGUGCAGAUCCAGGGUCAGCGCAUCAUACAACAGGGCCUCAUCCGCGUUGCCAGCGUCCCAAAUGCAAGCCUUCUGGUCAACAUCCCGCAGGCCUCCCCAACUUCGCUCAAAGGUACAGCUGUGACGUCGGCCCAGGUGAACGCCGCCGCCACCAGCGUCGCCUCCAUCGUCAACUCCAACGACUCCCCGGCCAGCCGGCAAGCUGCCGCCAAGCUGGCACUGCGGAAACAGCUGGAGAAGACGCUGUUGGAAAUCCCCCCGCCCAAGCCGCCGGCCCCCGAAAUGAACUUCCUGCCCAGUGCGGCCAAUAAUGAGUUCAUCUACCUGGUGGGCUUGGAGGAGGUGGUUCAGAACCUACUAGAAGCACAAGGUAAGGUUUCCUCCGCGCCCUCGUCGCAGGAGCCCUACACGUGCAUCCAGUGCAAGACGGACUUCACUUGCCGGUGGCGGGAGGAGAAGAGCGGCUCCAUCAUGUGCGAGACGUGCAUGUCGUCCAACCAGAAGAAGGCGCUCAAGGCAGAGCACACCAGCCGGCUGAAGGCCGCCUUCGUCAAGGCCCUGCAGCAGGAGCAGGAGAUUGAGCAGCGGAUCCUGCAACAGGCAGCCUCCCCUGUACAGACCAAAGCAGAGCAGCAUCACUCACUCAAGCAGGCCUCCAGCCAGCUGCCCCGAAGCGCCAGCACCCCCCGUGGAGUCUUGCAUGCAUUUAGCCCGUCGCCCAAGUUGCAGAACGCCGCCUCCGGUGUGGCCGUGCUUGGCGGCAGGCAAGGUAAGCGUGCUCAGAGACCCGUCGGCAAAGGAGGUGCUUGGAGGAAGACUCUCGUCAACGCAGGUGGGACGCUGAACUUCGUUAACCCUAGCCUCGCUGUGCAUAAAACCGCCGCCUCGGCUGUGGAUCGCCAGCGCGAGUAUCUCCUAGACAUGAUCCCCCCGAGAUCCAUCUCCCAAUCCACCACGUGGAAAUAACACAGGAACCUCCGCCUUGAGUGGAAGACUUAUACCUUUUUUUUUCUAAAGUCUUUUUUGGGUUUUUUUCCCCCUUCUACUCCCCACCCCCUUCGAUUCUGCCACUCCCCGAAACCUGCUUUCGAGCUUAGCCCGGAUCUGCCUGCAAGGGGUUUUUUUUUGUGGGGGGGGGGGUUGAGCUUGUUCUCAUCAGCCCCCGUUUGUGUGUGUGUGUGAGGCGAGGGGACAAGCACACUUUCCUGCAGGGUGGAACGGACGCUCGGGAAGGUGUCGAAUGAACGUCGGGCAACCAAAUUCUUGCGAUUUCAUGAUUAUUUUUGUUUUGCUGACGGCAGAGGCUGCCUCGAGAGAGGAG